AUGUCCAAAAGAACCGAUGUUGUAUUGUUAGACUCGGAUGAAGAAGACCAGCCACCUUUAAAGGUCCAGAGGGCUGAGGCCGUCACUAUCAACCAAAUAAAGAAGCCGUACAUGAGCUCGGAUAAUGACGAUGACGAUGACGAUGAUGAUGAUGAUGAUGAUGAUGAUGAUGAUGACGAAGGCGAACACGCUGAAAUACUGAAUAUACCGGUAACUCAUAAUCUCUCAGAAUCCACAUCGGAGUUCGGCUCAUCUUCCUCGUCGUCUUCCCCAAACUCGGACUCAGACUCCAAAUCGCUAAACGAACCGAUUUCUAUCGAAGAAUACAAAGCCGUGGUCAACGAAGAGGCUCCUAAUACCUUUCAGGACCCUACCCAGGUCCCACCAGAAGUGAGACUAGAAACUAGGAAAUAUCUUAAAGCUCACGGAAUAAUGAAGUUUUUGGAAAGAUAUCUACCAACUACAGCCUCGUCUGACGAUAUUCUAAGCUUAAUCUUAAAAUUGGGAUUCUUGCCAAAGGAUAUCAGCGACUACAACGAAGAAGAGAAUCUUAUUAGGCUAAUCAGAAUUUUGAACUUGGCCAUGAAAAAAACUAUCUCUAUGAGAAACAGGUUGACCAAUUUCACAACGGUAGACGAAGUGUUGGGCAGAAUACUAACUGCCAACAAGAUUAUGGUUAUCACUGGUGCUGGGAUUUCUACUUCCCUUGGUAUACCAGACUUCCGUUCGUCCCAAGGGUUUUAUAGCCAGUUACAACAUUUGGGACUUUCUGACCCCCAAGAAGUAUUCGACUUAGAGUUUUUCCAUCAAGACCCAACCAUCUUUUAUCUGAUUGCGCAUAUGAUAUUGCCUCCACAAGACUCAUUCACUCCAUUGCAUGCGUUUAUCAAAUUGCUACAAGACAAAGGUAAAUUGUUAAGAAAUUAUACCCAGAACAUCGAUAACUUAGAAGGUGUUGUUGGAAUAGAAGAAGAUAAAUUGAUACAAUGCCAUGGUUCAUUUGCAACCGCGCUGUGCGUGACUUGUGGUUACCAUAUCCCUGGAGAGGGAAUCUUUGCGCAAAUACGUGCCAAGGAAGUAGCUUACUGCCCUAAAUGUAAUUCUAAACGUGAGAAAUUGUUGAAGAAGGAAGAUGUUUAUCUUGCUGAAAGUUACGGUGUAAUGAAGCCAGACAUCACCUUUUUUGGAGAACCCCUACCACUGAGAUUCCACAGAACGAUCAAGCAAGAUAUCACUGAGUGUGACUUAUUGAUUUGCAUUGGUACUUCUUUAAAAGUGGCCCCUGUGUCGCACAUCUUGGAAAGAGUUCCAGAGGAUGUUCCGCAAGUACUAAUUAAUAAAGACCCGAUUGAUCAUUUUAACCUUGAUGUUAGUUUAUUGGGCUACUGUGAUGAAGUAGCUGCUUACUUGUGCGACAAAUUAGGUUGGGAUUUAGAUCAUAAGGAUUAUAAUAGAAUUAGAGGAGAGGGCGGCAAGAAUUUGGAAUUGGUAUCAGCUGAGGGUGAUGAAGGUACCUACUAUGUAAACGCGAUCAAAUCUGAAGAGAUGAAUAAUUGA